AUGGCUGAUGUUCAAAUCCCUGUUACCAAUGACCCUCUUGCCGCUAGUCCUACUCAUACAUAUUACAACGGCCGAAGCCCUCCAGAUGUCGCGUCCAAGACUUUAGCGGCUGGUAUGGGCCACUCUGCUACCGGCAGUCCAACCUUCCACAUUGGCUCCGAGUCGUUGGAUAUGUUUAGCACCUCUCAUAGCUUCGUAGGUGUUUUGACGGGCCGUCCAUACGCCCCCAGUUGUGUACCUGAUGUUUUACACGGCACCAAUCUCUUCAUGACUCGGCCAGACCGGAAGAGCAUUGGCUGCGGGGAGGAUAAGAUCAGAAAGAAGCCGGCGGCCAUAGAGGAGCUCGAAGUGUAG